CAAAGCUGACGCGCAGGCGCACCAAAGCCAACGGCAACAUCUCCAUCGCUGUAGGAGCAGAUAUUUGUACAGACUAUGGAGACUUUAUACAGUAUUCCGUUUACAGUGCUGGAAUGUCCGAAUGUAAAACUGAAGAAACCGUCAUGGCUGCACAUGCCGUCGGCUAUGACUGUGUACGCGGUUGUUAUCGUGUCCUACUUUCUCAUCACAGGAGGUAUUAUCUAUGAUGUUAUUGUAGAGCCACCAAGUGUGGGUUCAAUGACUGAUGAGCAUGGACACCAGCGGCCAGUUGCCUUUUUGGCAUACAGAGUAAAUGGGCAGUACAUUAUGGAAGGACUGGCGUCCAGUUUUCUCUUCACAAUGGGUGGCCUCGGCUUCAUCAUCCUGGAUCGCUCCAAUGCACCAAACAUUCCCAAACUCAAUCGCUUCUUGUUGCUCUUCAUUGGGUUUGUCAGUGUUCUACUCAGCUUCUUCAUGGCCAGAGUAUUCAUGCGCAUGAAGCUGCCAGGAUACCUCAUGGGCUAAGGAUACAGAAGGUUAAUUCAACCAAAAUACCAAAUACUUUUGGAAACCUACAUGCAUUUGAAUUCAGGAUCAUGGAUAGCAAUUGACUAAUCAGAUUAGAUACCAUACAGAAAGCACUGACCUUGUUUAAGAUAGAAGACCAGACUGCUCUGACAGUCACACUGGCUGCAUCUCUUCAGUGUUUAGUGACUUCCUUCCACCUCUUUCUCAAAUGUCUUUAUAUUGGUGAAACAAAAGGUCAUCAGCAGAUCUCUAGAAUUUGGCACAAAUGCAUCCCGUCCAUUUUUACCAUAAUGCGUUUGUAGUACUAUUACCAAUCUGUCAUGUUUCUGUAAUAAUUAGCAAUUAGUAUUAUUGCUGGCUAAAUAUGUAAAAGAAGAAAAGGAAGUGACUGAGCACCAAUUUAGAUGGAACCAUUGAUAUAAACAAGAUUAGCACUGUCUGAGUCAUUGUCUGAAUAAUGUUUAAGUUACCGGGUUUUGUAUUGAAACGAUAAAAGCCACAAACUUGUAAAAGUGGUGUUUUUUGGGGUUUUUUUCUUUUCUUUUUUUUUUUUUUUUGUACAAGGCUGUGGAAUAAAACUUAAUUUUCACACA